GGCAGGAUACAUGCUUACGAUAGCAGAUUGAACAUAGCCUUCUCGUCCUUUGGUUAUAAAUGAGAGCAGGGCAUCGAAUACGAUUCACCCACCUCCGCACACUACAGUUCCAUCCAGUACAUUCCCAUAUCUCAGUGGCCUCCUACCGCUCCGUGCAAGCCAUGGCCUUCUUCCGUCUUCCUUUCCUGACGUUGCACUCUGGGUACACUCGCUUGCCCCAGUUUGAUCUCGAAGGGGCCGCGAAAGACGCCACUCCUUUCUUCAAGUUGGAGUCGGACGCCGCUACCUCAAAGGAGGAAUCGCACACGGAACCGAUAUCGGGCACAGAGAACGACGUAGGAACUGUCAUCCCCGUGGGGCACACGGAAAGGCCCACGACGUGGUUGAAGAAGAUUGUGAUAUUCACCUUCAACUAUUACUGCGCCGCCGUCUUCUUCGCGACCGUCUCCGCCGUUUUCGCUGGCACCUGCACUUGGCUGGGAGGAUGGCUUCUCUCGGAUCAGGAACCCUACGCCAGCAACUUCACCGACAACGUCGUUUACGCUGGCGCGCUCGGCGGGGCCAUCGUCUCCGUGGCGUUCUCCACGACGCUUAUGGCGUACAGAGAGCUGGAGGCGUGGUACGAGAAGGCCCACGGGAUAUACAAGCAACCGGACCUUCAGGAUCCGCGGACGUGGCAAUGCGAGACGGACAUGCCUCCGCAGCCAGAACUCGCGGGCCGUCAUGCGUGGUCUGUAGCGAAGGCAUGCUUUGUUUUGGGUCUGCUUGUCGCCGGGCUGCUCGGACCUUGGGUGGGAGCGACGAUAAUCAUCCAGCACGGCUUGAUGGAUAGCACGAUGACGGCACUGCAUGCUCUGAGAUGCGGCGCCGCUGGUACUGGGGUCGUGGCUAGCAUUGCACUUUUCGGCAUAUCCUGUGCAAGACAGAGAUUGUUAUUGGCAUCGGAGAACCGGUAUAUAGUCUUGUAGUCCCGGGAUGCGGAGGUGUAUUGGGGAUUCAUGUAGGACAAUGACGGACUUCUAUUGUGAUAUGUACAUACCUUCAAAGAGACAAUACGGCGGUCGCACACAAGCAUGUAUCCUUCGUGACCGAGUCCCGCGACGGUGCGAUAUCGAUGCCUUCAGACAGAUCCUCAUUCAUCG